GCCUGCGUCCUCGGCGUGCGGCUGCCCACCUGGCGACGUGACGCUGCACCAAUCCCCUUCCAGCGGCCGCCGGCCCCUCGCCUCGCACCGCCCCCCUCCCCACCCUGAAAGAGGCGCACCCUGCCGGGGCAGACGCUGCGCUCUCGCCGCCGAGCACCCCUCGGGCUUCUUCUCCGUCUCUGGGACAGACGCUCCUGCUCUCCUCUCGCCUUAGCCAAACUUGCUUUCCCGCCUCUCAGACUCAGGCUUCCCUGAACCCCUCGCUCCUUUCCCUCCACUUUCCCCUCCUCGAUCCAGCUCCACAAACCCCUCUCCCCCACUCCUUUUGCCCGCCCUCUCCCUUUCCCUUUCCCUUCCACAACUCCUCGUCCACCUCCACCUCAGGCUCCCCGAGCGCGCCCAGUUCAGUCGCCCGCUCCCGUUCCUCUCGAAGUCAUGGCGGGACCUGGGGGCUGGAGGGACAAGGAGGUCACGGAUCUGGGCCACUUGCCGGAUCCAACUGGAAUAUUCUCGCUAGAUAAAACCAUUGGCCUUGGUACUUACGGCAGGAUCUAUUUGGGACUUCAUGAAAAGACUGGUGUGUUUACAGCUGUUAAAGUGAUGAACGCUCGUAAGACCCCUCUACCUGAAAUAGGAAAACGAGUGAGAGUGAAUAAAUAUCAAAAGUCUGUUGGGUGGAGAUACAGCGAUGAGGAAGAGGAUCUUCGUACUGAACUCAACCUUCUGAGAAAGUACUCUUUUCACAAAAACAUUGUGUCCUUCUAUGGUGCGUUUUUCAAGCUGAGUCCCCCUGGCCAGAGACACCAACUUUGGAUGGUGAUGGAGUUAUGUGCAGCAGGCUCAGUCACUGACGUAGUGAGGAUGACCAGAAAUCAGAGUUUAAAAGAAGACUGGAUUGCUUAUAUCUGCCGAGAAAUCCUUCAGGGUCUAGCUCACCUUCAUGCACACCGAGUAAUCCACCGGGACAUCAAGGGUCAGAAUGUACUCCUGACUCAUACAGCUGAAGUAAAACUCGUGGAUUUUGGAGUGAGUGCCCAGGUAAGCAGAACUAAUGGAAGGAGAAAUAGCUUCAUUGGGACACCAUACUGGAUGGCACCUGAGGUGAUUAACUGUGACGAGGACCCGAGACGCUCCUAUGAUUACCGAAGUGAUGUGUGGUCUGUGGGAAUCACUGCAAUUGAAAUGGCUGAAGGGGCUCCUCCUCUGUGUAACCUUCAGCCCUUGGAAGCUCUUUUUGUCAUUUUGCGGGAAUCUGCACCUACAGUCAAAUCCAGUGGAUGGUCCCGCAAGUUCCACAAUUUCAUGGGAAAAUGCAUGAUAAAAAACUUCCUAUUCCGUCCUACUUCUGCAAACAUGCUUCAUCACCCAUUUGUUCACAAUAUCAAAAAUGAGCGACAUGUUGUUGAGUCAUUGACGAAGCAUCUUACAGCAAUCAUCAAAAAAAGACAGAAAAAAGGGAUACCUCUGAUCUUUGAAAGAGAAGAAGCUAUUAAGGAACAUUACACUAUAAAAAGAUUCAGGGGACCCUCCUGCACUCAUGAGCUUCUGAGAUUGCCAACCAGCAGCCGAUGCAGGCCACUUAGAGUCCUGCAUGGAGAACCCUCUCAGCCGAGAUGGUUACCUGAUCAAGAAGACUCACAGGUCCAGGCACUUCAGCAACUCCAGGGGGCAGCCAAGAUGCACAUGCCACUACAGGCUCAGGAGAACGCACCUAGGCCUCUACAGAGGCAAGCGCAGGCACCUCAACGACUACAAGGGGCAGCUCAGGUGUUCAUGCCACUACAGGCUCAGGGUAAGGUGAAGGCACCUAGGCCUCUACAGAUGCAUAUCAGGGCGCCUCCCCGACUACGGCGGGCAGCUCGGGUGCUCAUGCCACUACAGGCUCAGGGUAAGGUACCCAGGCCUCUAUUAAUACAGGCCAGAGUACCCAAAAGAGAGCAGCAGAUUCAAGGCCAGGCCCAAAUAUCAGAACAGCCACAAGAUCUGGACCAGGUGCCAGAGGAAUUUCAGGGGCAAGAACAGGUGCCUGAACCACAGCAACGGCAGGGCCAGGCCCCUGAACAACAGCAGAUACAGAACCAGGUACCUGAAGAGCAGCUGGAGCAGAAUGAGGCACCAGAAGAGGCAGAGGUACAAGAACAGGCUGUGGAGCCCACACAGGCAGAGCCUGACGCAGAGGAACCUGAGACAAUACGCGUGCAUGCCCAGGUGUUUCUGCCCCUGCUUUCACAAAACCACCAUGUGCUGCUGCCCCUGCAUCUGGACACUCAGGUGCUCAUUCCAGUGCAGAAGCAAACAGAGGGGGUACCUCAGGCACAGGCCUGGGCACUAGAGCCCCCGCAGGCAGUUGGCUCCAUCCAGGCACUGAUAGAGGGGUUAUCCAGAGACUUGCUUCGAGCACCACACUCAUACAACUCCAAGCCACUUGGUCCACUGCAAACCCUGAUGGAAAACCUGUCGGCAAACAUAUUUUACUCUCAACCAGAACAGGCACGGAAGAAAAAAUCUAAAGUUUCCAGUCUAAGACAGGCCCUAGCCAAACGACUGUCACCAAAGAGGUUCAGGGCGAAGUCAUCAAGGAAAGCUGAGGAGCUGGAACUCUCAGAUGGGGAAACCCGCAGGCGAAGGCGUCAGCGCCGAUGGGAAGAGAUCUUCAAUCAGCAUGAGGAAGAACUGAGACAAGUUGAAAAUGACAAAGAAGAUGAAUCAUCAGACAAUGAUGAAGUAUUUCAUUCAAUUCAGGCUGAAGUUCAAAUAGAACCAUUACAGCCAGAUGAUGCAGAUCCUAAAGGAAAUGAGGUCCAAGAGGCUUCUGUGUCUGUGCCUUGCAACCAGGAUCGUGCACACCGUGUCAAGUUCUCUUCAAGUGUUCUUCAGCUGUCUCUUCUGGAAGAAGCUGAGAAGCCCAUUGAGAACAGAGAAAGAAGUUCACAAAAUCCUGAAAAUUGCCCAGCAGCAUCAGAAUCUUCUUCUGAGGAAGAGAGUCCUGUGACUGGGAGGAGAUCCCAGUCCUCGCCGCCUUAUUCUACUAUUGAUCAAAAGUUGCUGAUUGAUGUCCAUGUUCCAGAUGGAUUUAAAGUAGGAAAAAUAUCACCCCCCGUAUACUUGACAAAUGAAUGGGUGGGCUAUAAUGCACUCUCUGAAAUCUUCCGGAAUGAUUGGUUAAUUCCUGCACCUGUCGUUCAGCCACCUGAAGAGGAUGGUGAUUAUGUUGAACUCUAUGAUGCUGGUGCUGGUACAGAAGGUGAUGAUGGUGACUCUAAUGAUGCUUAUGAAGAUACUUAUGACCAUGCCAAUGGCCGUGAUGGAUUGGAUAACCAGUUUGAUCAGGCUAAUUUUGUCUGCAAGGGCCAUGGUGGUCAGGACAACACUGAUGAGUUUGGUGAUGUAGCGAAUAAUCGCAAUGAUGCUCCUAUUUGGCCAAGGGCAAGCUAUGGCAGAAAUGGAAGCAGCGAGCAAGAUGGUUAUGAUGGAAAAGAAGGUGCUGGCAGUGGCCGUGGAAUCUAUAGAUCCAGUAGAAGACAUGGAGCAAGCGCAUUCUGUGAGGAAUUAGGUGCUGGAGAUGAGGCCUCCUAUGCCAUGGCCUCAGGUGCUGCACCCUCAGAGCUUGAUGAUGGAGAUGACAAUAAAGACAUAUCAGAAUCAUCAACACUAUCGGGAUUUUCUGCCAGCCACUCAUCUGCUUCCAGAGGUUCUGAGGGCUCUGUUGAUACUGACUUUGCCAGUGCCAUUUUAUAUGCUGGUUUUGUGGAAGUACCUGAAGAAUUACCUAAGCGACCCUCUGAUGUCAAUGUUAACCCACUCUAUGUCUCGUCUGCAAGUAAAAAACCACUAAUCCACGUGUAUGAAAAGGAAUUCACUUCUGAGAUCUGCUGUGGUUCUUUGUGGGGAGUCAAUUUGCUGCUGGGAACCAGGUCUAAUUUGUAUCUGAUGGACAGAAGUGGAAAGGCAGACAUUACAAAACUUAUAAAGCGAAGACCUUUCCGCCAGAUUCAAGUCGUGGAGCCACUCAAUUUGCUGAUUACCAUCUCUGGUCGUAAGAACAGACUUCGAGUGUAUCAUUUGACCUGGUUGAGAAACAAGAUUUUGAAUAAUGAUCCAGAAAGUAAAAGAAGACAGGAGGAAAUGCUGAAGACGGAGGAAGCCUGCAAAGCCAUUGAUAAGUUGACAGGCUGUGAACACUUCAGUGUCCUCCAACAUGAAGAAACAACCUAUAUUGCAAUUGCUUUGAAAUCAUCAAUUCACCUUUAUGCGUGGGCACCAAAGUCCUUUGAUGAAAGCACUGCUAUUAAAGUAUGCAUUGAUCAAUCAGCAGACUCCGAAGGAGACUACAUGUCCUAUGAAGCCUAUAUACGAAUACUGGCAAAAAUACAGGCAGCUGAUCCAGCGAACCGGUUUAAGAGACCAGAUGAGCUCCUUCAUUUGCUGAAGCUCAAGGUAUUUCCAACACUUGGUCACAAGCCAGUGACAGUUGACUUGGCUGUUGGCUCUGAAAAAAGACUAAAGGUUUUCUUCAGCUCAGCAAAUGGCUAUCACAUCAUCGAUGCAGAAUCUGAGGUUAUGUCUGAUGUGACCCUGCCAAAUAAUCCCCUGGAAAUCAUUAUACCACAGAAUAUCAUCAUUUUACCUGACUGCUUGGGGAUUGGCGUGAUGCUCACCUUCAACGCUGAAGCCCUGUCCGUGGAAGCCAACGAGCAGCUCUUCAAGAAGAUCCUGGAAGUGUGGAAAGACAUCCCAUCCUCUGUAGCUUUCGAGUGUACACAGCGAACCACAGGAUGGGGUCAAAAGGCCAUUGAAGCGCGCUCUUUGCAAGCAAAGGUUCUGGAAAGUGAGCUGAAGCGUAGGUCGAUUAAGAAGCUGAGAUUUCUGUGUACCCGGGGUGACAAGCUGUUCUUUACCUCUACCCUGCGGAAUCGCCACAGCCGGGUUUACUUUAUGACCCUUGGAAAACUUGAAGAACUUCAAAGCAAUUAUGAUGUUUAAAAGGUUCCAGUGAUUUAUUACACCAUUCACAAACAGCAUAUAUAUGCUACUUGCAUCUUCAGAUUUAUGAGAUUAAAUAAGCAUUCAGUUUUAUUGUUAGAGAAAAAUUAAUCAAAAACUUACUUUUAAUGUAGCACAGAAUAGUUUUUAACAAAAAAUGCAGCUUUAUAUAUAAAAUUAACUAUAGCAAGCUCUAUGUACUCCAGUGGUGUACAAUAUCUUUUGCACAAACUUUGUAACUUUUGUUACUGUGAAUUCAAUCAUUACUUUUAGGACACUUUGGACAGUAUCCAUAUGCAGAUUUUACAACAUGGAAUAAGGAAACCUGUUAUGAAUUAGAUUACAAGAAGCUUUCAAAAAAUUGGCCCUGGAUAAUAUUUUCCAGAAAAAAAUUUUAUAUGCACAAAUUAUUUGUGAUUUUUUUUUCCAAAAUCAUAUAAAGAAACAAAGACUAAAUGAUAAUAGUAAAAUCAUAAGGACUAUGGUAUAACUGAGACUAAGGUUAAACAACCUGCAUUCCCAGAAAAAGCAACAGGGAUAAAGGGGAAAAGGCCUACCCAUUAUCUUACAGUGAGGCCCACAAUUGUGUUCUUUUCACCCCAUGUUAAGGUGGUUUUCUCCUGAGAAGAAGAAAGGAAGGAAGCCUCAGAGGCUUGAUUUUCCUCAGAACCCCCAAAGAUGUGCAAUAGCUGUUUUUACAAACCACCAAAUAAUACACUUGCAAGCCUGAAUACAGGACUGAACUCCUAUAUGCAUGUACUGUAGAAUGAGUUUUUUUUUUAAUAUUUUUAAAAUAUAGGCGUCAAAUUCUAUCCCCAAGAUUGCUUGAUUUGUCAAAAAUUAUUAUCUGAUCAACAGUGUGACCAGCAGAUAGAUAGAAUCAAAUAUUCACUCAAUCACAAAUUAAACUAUAUAGACACUUCCCUGCAGUUAGUAAACGAAAGUAAAGCCAUGAAACAUAACAAGAAAACACUGAUUGCUAAUACUUGUGUUUUCGUAUGUCUAUCUCAGUAAAUCAGAAUUUCAAACGAUUUCAGUGAUUAGUCCCUAUGUAGAGACAUGAUGUUAUAGAUAAAGAUUUUGAAAAAAACCGCAUCAUGUGUCUCAGUCUGCACAAUUAGAGUAGUUGCAAUCAUGCUAGUCCGUCACCCAAAUUUGAAGAAGACGCCAUAGAUAGGUGAAAUUUGAUCACCUAUGAGAACUGCUACCUGGUAAAAAGCAUAACUUCUGCAUAUCCAUCCUCAAUACCAUGGUUAGUUCUGGGGCAGUAGACAAGCAAACAGAACUACCACCAAGUAUACCUCAUUAACAAUUCCUCUAGUUCUGCUUCUAAAAUCUGAAGACAGUGCUAUUGGGAUAAUAAUUUUCAAACUACCUGGUUAACCAAAAUACAAAAGCAGCUGACUGUGUGUGAUUUCUUGAUCACACAUUGUUUCUUGGCACCUUAGUGCCAGAAAUGAAGAUUUGGAUUUUCCUAACAACUUCUAUCAAGAGUUUAGUAGCUCAAUAUUGAGAAUUUAGGAGAACCUGAAUCCAUGAAUUGAAGAAAUAAAUGUGAUUCACAUUUCUGUUACUGUGACACAAUAAUGUGAUCCUAAAACUGGCUUAUCCUUGCGUGUUUACAACUCAAGUAACUUUUUAAAUACAGUAGUUUUAAAAAGAAAACAAACUUUAUGUCAAUUAUUUCCUUAGAAGUAGUCUUCAUUAUUAUAAAUUUGUACACCAAAAGGCCAUGGGGAACUUUGUGCAAGUAACCCAUCGCUGAGCAAAUGGAGCUUGCUAUGUUUGACUUUCAGAACAUUUUCUCAUUUUAAGUAGUGUGUAGAAUCAAGUCUUUUAAGAAUUCAUUUUUUUCUUCAUAAUAUUUACUCAAAGUUAAGCUUCAAAAUAAGUUUUAUCUUCAAGUCAUAUUUUUAAGGCAGUAAGACAAACUAUUUUAGGCAAUCAACUCCCAUUGUGCCCUGUGGCAGUUAUUCCAGCCAUCAUAGGCAACAGUGAACUCAGUCUACGGAGAUGUCCAAAAGUAACCACACAAGAGAGAUGGGAAAUGUGCAACUGAGCUCUAAGGGAUGAGAUGUUAAAUGAAGAGAGGAAACUGAGGACAUGUCAGGACAGAAGAUUAUAGUGUUGGGGAGCCAAAUAGAAAGGGCUGCACUUGCUUAAAGUGGUUCCUAGGAAAUGGGUAUUUCCAACUUGGAUGUAAAUCCAUCUCAAACCUUUGCCAACUAAAACAAGGAACCAAAGAGACAAUGAAAUGUCAUAGCAGUGCGCUUUGUAAUAGAAGAAAUUAUAUCUACUCUUCACCUUGUCGCAGGGAUGCUUGGAAGCCCUAGCCCUUCUCAGAAGUGUGGAGGAGGAUUCCUGACAAGCCAGUUUUCUGAGCCCUGGGAUUUGAAGCACGAAAAGUUCUGGCAGGUCGUGAGCAGUACUGGGACUAGAGUAGGGUUUUAUGUUAGUGUAAUUCAGGUAUUUUUUUCCCCCACCAAAACCCGUGUCCAAAAUAGGCAUUCUUGGAUAUGUUUGAAAACUAUAAAAUGAUGCAUUAAAAAGCUAAUGAUAAAAUUUCUGAGUGAUCAAGUCAGUUGAGAAGGUAAGCUCCUCAGAGCGAACAGAAAGAAAGGGAAACCAUUAAGAGGGUAAGACAGACAACUGAGAAUCACACAUGCACCCCCACACACACAUACAUGCAAGCAUGUGCACAAACAUUUAAAUGUAGACAUUUUAAUAUGUUCACUGUUGCAAGUUUCUAGAUGAAUGAAUCUCUGAGUGUUUUCUGCCAAGAUUCAUUUAGAAAAGACAGUAUUCAUAAAACUAGGAAUAAUGCCACAGAUAUUCAAUGGGAUCUUUUUAGUACUUCUCAAUUUGUUUCAAGAAAUGUGCCUGUUUAAAUCAGUUUGUAUUCAAUCUGUACUCUUAAAAAAUGAAACAAUCUUUGAGACUGCUAAUUGUUUCAUCAGAAACUCUGCAAUGAAUUAUUCAAUCUAUAACAAUAAAAAUUUUUAAAAUCGUU